GCGGCCGAGGCUCGGCGCCGCGAGAAACGCCCUAAAGAGGAGGGAGCGAGGGAGGGCGAGAGCGAGCUGAGGCUGCUGCCGCGGAGCGGAGGAGCGGGGCGAGGCGCAGGCGAGGCCGGGACCCGGGGCGCGCGCACUUCUCCGCAAAGUGCCAACUUCCCGGGAGAGCGUGCGGGGCGCGCACCUCCAGGGCGCGGGGGGCAAGUCCGCGGGGGCUUGAGGUCUUAGGGCAGAGGGUCGGAUCCCCCCGCCCCCGUCCCCCCUUCCCCCGUUACUGACCCCCGUUAAAAGGACCAACAAGAAUCACAGCCAAACUUGCCACCUACUCCCGCCUGCCCCCCGCUCCCGGCACCAUGAAGGCGGCCGUCGAUCUCAAACCGACUCUCACCAUCAUCAAGACGGAAAAAGUCGAUCUGGAGCUUUUCCCCUCCCCGGAUAUGGAAUGUGCUGAUGUACCACUAUUAACUCCAAGCAGCAAAGAAAUGAUGUCUCAGGCAUUGAAAGCUACUUUCAGUGGUUUCUCUAAAGAACAGCAACGACUGGGAAUUCCAAAAGACCCCCGGCAGUGGACAGAAACCCAUGUUCGGGACUGGGUGAUGUGGGCUGUGAAUGAGUUCAGCCUGAAAGGUGUGGACUUCCAGAAGUUCUGUAUGAAUGGAGCAGCCCUCUGCGCACUAGGGAAAGACUGCUUUCUCGAGCUGGCCCCAGACUUCGUUGGGGACAUCUUGUGGGAACAUCUCGAGAUCCUGCAGAAAGAGGAUGUGAAACCGUAUCAAGUGAAUGGAGUCAACCCUACCUAUCCAGAAUCCCGCUAUACCUCGGAUUACUUCAUUAGUUAUGGUAUCGAGCAUGCUCAGUGCGUUCCUCCCUCGGAGUUCUCAGAACCUAGCUUCAUCACAGAGUCCUACCAGACACUCCAUCCCAUCAGCUCGGAGGAACUCCUCUCCCUCAAGUAUGAGAACGACUACCCCUCGGUCAUUCUCCGGGACCCUCUGCAGACAGACACCUUGCAGACUGACUACUUUGCCAUCAAACAAGAAGUUGUAACCCCAGACAACAUGUGCAUGGGGAGGACCAGUCGUGGUAAGCUCGGGGGCCAGGACUCUUUUGAGAGCGUGGAGAGCUACGACAGUUGUGACCGCCUCACCCAGUCCUGGAGCAGCCAGUCAUCUUUCAACAGCCUGCAGCGCGUCCCCUCCUAUGACAGCUUCGACUCAGAGGACUAUCCAGCCGCCCUGCCCAACCACAAGCCCAAGGGCACCUUCAAGGACUAUGUGCGUGACCGUGCUGACCUCAACAAGGACAAGCCUGUCAUCCCUGCUGCUGCCCUGGCUGGCUACACAGGCAGUGGACCAAUCCAGCUGUGGCAGUUUCUUCUGGAAUUACUCACUGAUAAAUCCUGUCAGUCUUUUAUCAGCUGGACAGGAGAUGGCUGGGAGUUCAAGCUUUCUGACCCAGAUGAGGUGGCCAGGAGAUGGGGAAAAAGGAAAAACAAACCUAAGAUGAAUUAUGAGAAACUGAGCCGUGGCCUACGCUACUAUUAUGAUAAAAACAUCAUCCACAAGACAGCGGGUAAACGCUAUGUGUACCGCUUUGUGUGUGACCUGCAGAGCCUCCUGGGCUACACGCCCGAGGAACUCCACGCCAUGCUGGACGUCAAGCCUGAUGCCGACGAGUGAUGGACACCACAGGGCUCGGGGAAACUCUGCUGAGACAUUUCGAAGAACAACCAUGUCGGUCGGACUCUUAAUUUUUAAUUGUUAUUCUAUUUUUAAUUUUCCAGAACUCAUUUUUUUACAUUCAGGGGUGGGAGCUAAAUGAGCUGCAGCUAUAAUCAAUUGUGCGCAGUUGGAAAAAAAGAGAGCCAGGACUUGUGGGGUGGGUGGGACAAGAAAUUCUUGAGCAAAUUUUCAGGAGAGAGAGAGAGAAGGGUCUUUUUAGAAGCUUGAAAGAUCUGGCUUAAGGGAGGAGGAGAUGAACGUGUACCAUUAUUUCUAAAAAUCAUCCAUGAAAAAAAAUGUGUCUUGAGUUAUGAGUUAUGGAUCUAUUAGCAAAAGAAAUUGAGACAUCAGGAGUCAUGAGACCCAUGAAAGGCAAUUACCUUGCUUUUGUUUUAAGGUCUGGGAGGGCAAAAAAAAAAAAAAAGAGGGAGGUGGGAUAAAACAUUUGUGUGGGGGAUGCACUAAAAAACAAGGACUAUUUACUUUUGACUCGACUUUCGAAACAAAGAUGGACUUCAAUGGAGAGGGGCCCAAACUGUUUUUGUGUUAAAAUCUAUUUUAUUAAAUUUUGUGCCAGUAUUUUUUUUUCUUAAAAAUCGUCUUAAGCUCUAAGGUGGUCUCAGUAUCGUGGUAUCAUGCAAGUUUGUUUUUAUUUGCCGGCUGAGAAUUCUGUCAAAGUGCAAGGAAACUGUUUAUAUAGACCCCACUGGAAAUGCAAAGUGCUGUCACUGAGAUCGGGGAUCCCAAAUUCAUGUGACUUCUAUAUGAAGGAAAAAAAAUAUAUCAUGCUGACUUGGGCACAAGGGACCUGUGCAUGUGAAUUUCAUCUGGGUUUUAAAAAAGGAUCACACCCCUCUACUUACCUGUCAUUAGCGGAUUCUCCGGGUUUGGACUUAACAUUGAACUAAGAAGCAUUAAGUCUUUGAACUGAAUGUAUUUUGCAGCCCUGGUUUUGGAUCACAGUCACUGUAGGAGCACUGUUGAAGUCAUAGAAAGGAGAUUGAAAGAGGAAGAAUGACUUGUUUCUUUGUUGGUUCUAUACCUGCAACAUUUAUGACUUGGAAUAAACGCUGUGUGCAUGGGCAUUACCCCUCAGGUCUUAGGAAGUAAGUCCUGAAUGCAUGUCAUCCCAGACCAACACUCUAUACUUUCUCCUUUUCCCAGCAUCCCACGUUUAUUACUUCCCCCCUUACCCCCACUACCCUGUUACCCAGUAGAGAGAAAUGUACAGCUUUCCGACCUGUGAGUGAAAGAGCAAUGCGGUUAUGGCAUGAGUUGACGGGUGUCUGACAAAGCCAUUCAGACAUCCUGGGUUUUAGGGACAGUCGAAAUUAAGGUUGCAUAGAAGUAAAAUGUGGCUUGGCUGUCUUUGGGAAGAGAAGUGCACGGCUUUCCUUUGAAGAGUUGAAGCUAGCAGAGUCAGGUGUCAGGUGAGGCUGUGUAUGCAGACACCGUGAGGGCCUGUGCUUGGAUCUGUUUUCCUGGCACAGGGUAAGUGAGGGUGAAUGAUUGCAGAAGAGGUGAACGACAUGAGGACAAAGGAAACAUAAGAAAAGGAGCUUGAGUGAAGAAAAUGAGGUGGUCCAUGAGAUCCGAAUAGAUUUCUAGUUCCUCCCGAAGUUCAACGACAAGCUGAAAGGACCGGGGCAGUGUUGAAGGGUGGUCUGCAAAUGUUUGGAUUUAUUCCCCGGGCGGGGAGGGGGGAACCAGCGUGUGACCAGUGGGAAAAAGUGCCUACUACACUCAAGCCCCCCUGCCCCAAAUAGAUGCCUGAUUAAAAAGGAUGCUGACAGAGGGACAGCUCUCGCGGACUUCAGUGGGAGAGGGGAAGAGACAUUGAAGGUGGGCUCCGGCUGAGAGACUGCAAGUACUACCUACCUGCUAGCGAAUCUUUGAGAAAGUGGAUCGUUGACUCCCGGGUCCUCUUGCAGACCCUGACUUAUCAGGAACUUAGCUCUGGGGUUCAUGAGUCUGCUCACUCUGAUACCGAUGUAUCAGAGCGUCCACUUGGGAAGCAAAGGCAGACUUGGCUUCCAGAUGCAGAUGCCUUAAUGAAGCUCUCGAAAUAUUUUAGGAGCUGCUCAGGGAGUGUUAGGUGGAACCGUCGGGCUACAUUGUUUCCUCUUAGACUAUGUGAUCUUUGUUGGGCACUGGCCAAGGCGUGCGUGUGUGCGUGUGCGUGUGCGUGUGCGUGCGCGUGUGCUUGCAGAUGUGCAGAACUGCCGCUAAAAUAAUAACCUGGGUUUUUCGGUUAAGUCUUUCCACGUUUCAGUAGGGGGCAAGAGUAGAACCAAGGCAGGGCAUCGGGCCUUGCUAGCUGUCCGCAACCUGGCAUAACAUGACUUUUUCUCAGUGCACCAGCCUUUCCUUUGGAAUUUAUGCUGAGAACUCCCCUUGUGUGAGUGUGUCGAAGUCCUGCAGUAGCUCCGUAGCAGAUAAGAGAUAAGGAAGUGCCUCCUCAUGCUCCUCAUCCCACUUGUUUGCUAAGAGGCCUCUCUCCUCUAGGUCCGCCAUUUUCAGUAUUUGUAGCUAGUGCGCUAGUGAAGACAGCUUUGUCCAUCUGGCCAGAUGCUUUUUUUCUCCUUCUGUCCAGAGGCCAGAGACCAUCCCAGGAAGAGUGGUGGGUGGUUUAUACACUGGAAAUGUAGCAGAAUUGUUGCAUUUAUGCUUUUUAAAAACACAUGUUAACUUCAGAGGAAGGAUGGGCGAAUCUGGUUUAGUGAUGAAACCCUUGUUUUCCUGGAGAAGCCUUAACCCAUGUUGGUUUUGGUGGUCGGGUUCAGGGUCACUUUUGUUUCCCUCUCCAUGCAGGGGAGGGACUUCCCUACACAGAGCCCCGGUUUUGUGGCUUUGGGGAUUGGAGGUGGCAUUCGAAGAUCAGAUGUGCUUUUCCUCACUUUGGAGACAAACACUCUGGGUUUUAGAGCAUUAACCUGCCUAAUCUUCAUGGUGAAAAUCACACCUUCUCUGUUCUAGUCAUGCUGUGCAUGCUGCUUUCUGUUGGGGUCUAUAUAAAUGUGUUGAACUCAUAUCUACAUUCCAAAGAAGUUUCAAGGAACCAUAAAUAUAUGUAUACAUAUACAUAUAUAAAGUAUAUAUAUUAAAAUGAAAUUAUCUCUAUCAGGAAUACUGCCUCAGUUACUGAACUUUUUUUAAGAAUACUUUUUUUUUAAGCUGAGAAGUAUAGGGGUGAAAAAGAUGUUAUAUUGUGUUUGACUAUUUUCCAACUUGUAUUUUCAUAUAAUUUAUAUUUUUUAAAAGCUGAACAUUUAAAAGCAAGAUGAAAAAAAAAGGAAAAGCAGGUGCUUUUUAAAAAUCAGAACUGAGGUAGCUUAGAGAUGUAGCGAUGUAAGUGUCUAUGUGUUUUUUUUUUUAAAUGCAAAAAAAAUUUCUUAUGGGGGAGUUUUUUGUUUGUUUAUUUUAGUAGCUGAUGCUGGCACAUCAUUUUGCUGGAGAGUUUUUUAUAUACUGUAGCCUGAUUUCAUAUUGUAUUUUAAACUGUGUGAGAUUAAAGACAAAGAAAUUCAUUCAUAACAAUGUGGGUUUGGCUCGAUUCUUUCCUGUCUGGUGCAUGUGUGAAAAAGCAGGACAGACCCACCAA